AAGGAACCAUUCUUUUUGUUCCGGCCUCACUGGAGCAAACAUGGCGGCUGAGGGAGACGUCGAUUUGGACCUAGAAGCCGAGGAAAACUGCACCGGGAAACCGGCAGAAAAGCCUCGGAAACAUGACAGCGGAGCCGCGGACCUGGAGAGAGUCACGGACUACGCGGAGGAGAAGGAAAUCUCCAGUUCCGACCUGGAAACGGCCAUGUCGGUGAUUGGAGACAGAAGGUCAAGAGAACAGAAAGCCAAACAAGAAAGAGAAAAAGAGCUGGCCAAAGUCACCAUCAAGAAAGAGGACGUAGAACUAAUCAUGUCUGAGAUGGAGAUUUCGAGGGCCGUGGCGGAGCGCAGUCUGAGGGAACACAUGGGGAACGUGGUGGAGGCUCUGGUGGCUCUGACCAACUGAACAAACACCAUUUACACGCUGGACUGCUUCACCUUUUUGUUUUUUUUAGUGAGGCUGAACUGAUGUCAGUGGUUAAACUGUUGUGGUAAAAUCUUUACCCCAAAACUUUUUUUUUUUCUUUUUAUAAUUAAAAGUUGACAUUUGACCAGA